GGCAACUGUACUUUUCCCUUGGCCCGGCGAUGGAAAACUGCAGUUGUUGCAACCCGGCAGGCUGAGCGCGGACGCCUCGCAUCCCAGAUGUUACGGGUCCGACUUGCAACCUAAGCUCCGGCCCUAAGGAUGGGCCUGGAGGACAAGGCUCGGCAAGGAGGCGCCGGACAGGAGAUGAAGUAAAAUGCAGCACACAACGUGUACAGAGGACAGGAUCCACCAUGCAUUGGAGAGAUGCCUCCAUGGCCUUAGCAAAAGCACAUUUUCUGCAAGCACAUGGACAGCUGGGCUUUGUCUGAACUGCUGGACCCUCCAGGAGCUAGUUAAUCGCGAUGCAGGGAACUACCUCAUUCUCCUGGAAAAAAUCCUACAGAAGACUCAAGAGGUCCUAGAAAAUUGUGACUACAAUCUUUUUACGCCAUUGGCCUUACUCUUCAGUGCAACUGUCCUGUCUAUCCCCCAUUUUCCUUCGGAUUCUGAUCUGCUUUUGAGAGCUGUGAGGAUAUAUCGUGAUUUUCUCACCUGGCCUGUGCCGUACUGCAAUAUCUGUCAGGAAUUACUUAACUUUAUCAACGAUGAACUCAAAGCCCCAGGGAUUUCUUUUCAAAGGCUUGUUAAAGAUGAGCAAGGGUUACCUCUAAAAGGCUGUGAGAAUUCUACCGUAACAGUCCUAUUGCUGAAUCCUUCAGAAGUUGAUGGGGAAUUCCUAUCAGUUGCUGAAAAGCUAAGCUCUGCGGACUACUCCCAGCAUACCUUACUAGCGACACUCCUGGAGCACACAUAUCAAGCUAACUUUGGUACCAGAUGCAACCUGGAAAAAUUACGUCAAAUCCUGAAGCUGAAAACUGCAGAAGAACUCAUGAAAAUGUUCACCAGAACCACAGAAGCCCAGGAGUUGGCAGUUCUGACUAACAAUGAUCCUUCAACUGCUAGAGAACAGCUGGAAUCUGUCUUGCUAGAGAUUGCAAGAACAGCAGGGCUACCUGAAAUAGCAGAUGAAGACCAGCUGUCUAAACUCCGUGUGAUCCCCAUCCCUGUUGCUCGCUGUCAUGUGUACAGAUGGGAUAAGGAUAAUUUUGAUAUCUUGAAUGAGGUACUAGACAAAGAAGUGGAUUACCCAAAACAAGUUCUUUUGGAGGAUGAAGAGGAGGAGGAGGAGGAGGAGGUUGACAAUGGCUUUGCAAAAAAAGACUGCCUGUUGUCCACCCUGGCCUCAGUCAGGAAAGACUCUAUGUUCUCAACAUUGUCAGAAGAUGACCAUUGUGACUCACAAGUGUCUGUCAUCUCUGCUCUUUCCAAAAACUCUGAGCUCUCCUUCGUCUCUAGGAAGUCCUUGAAAUCUUUUGUCUCCAGUCUGAAAGAUUCUAUGGAUAGCGGCUAUGUGGAAGACAGUGAUGACAACUCUUUUGAUUUGACAGGACGCUUAGAUCUGAAGGAAGAAAAAGUGUCACACAGGCAUAGGCUGAGCAACAGGCUGUACAAGUUGUUCAAGAGCAAGAGCCAGAUGAUCUUGGGCAGAGAUCUGAGAGAUGUUUCUGAGGUAGCCUCAUUGUCGUUGCCAUUACGCCGAGCAGAGAGUCUCUGCAAUCCUGUAGCCAAGGACCGCAUCCCUGCACGAUCCCGACGGGCACAGUCACUGCCACAGCAUAUGCUGAGUGCCGCACUUUUACAAAGCCAUAUAGCACAGAACACUUUUGUCCAACGCAGGCCCUUGUUGAGCUCUGAUGAAGAUACAAAGAUUUCAACACUGCGAGUGGUCGUGUUUGGUUCUGAUCGCAUCUCAGGGAAAGUGGCCCGGGCUUAUAGUAGUCUGAAAUCUCAAGAAAGCAGCUGUCCCUAUUUAACUCGGUACUGUAGGUUGCAAUUUUUUUAUGUCCCAGUGAAGAGGAGCAAUCCUACCUCAUUUGCACUGACGUACCCUCUUCUUUCUUCAGGAAGUCCUAAUUCCCAUAGUUCUGGAUCAAUGGAUCCAGGUAUGGGAGGGAUGGAGAGCAGCACAAAUGAUAUCUCAUUCUAUAUAGGUAUGCUGGAUCCCUGGUACGAACGCAAUGUUCUUGAGCUAAUGAAUCUUCCCACCAACGUUUUAUGCCAGCAAUCCAUUAAGCCUGAGGGAGAGUCUUCAGAGGAAACAGCCACCAAACUUCCCAUCCUGGCUGAUAUGAUUCUUUAUUACUGCCGCUUUGCUACCCACUCUAUAUUACUCCAGGUCUAUCAGGCAGAGCUCACUUUCAUUGGUGGGGGGAGAAAAAGUGAGAUCUUCAUCCACUCCCUUGAGUUGGGCCACUCAGCAGCUACACGGGCCAUCAAAGCCUCAGGUCCAGGUUGCAAGCGUCUUGGCAUAGAUGGAGACAGAGAAGCAAUCCCACUAACACUACAGAUCACUUACAGCAAGAGGUCAGUCAGUGGAAGGAGCCGCUGGAAUGACAUUGAAAAAGUUUGUACAUCCGUCAACCUUAGCAAGGUGUGUAAGAGGCAAGAGGAACUUGGUCCCAAAACAGAAUGCUUGACUCUUACUGCCACAGAGGUAAUCAAGAGGCAAAGCUCUAAAUCUAAAAAGAGUUUCAAUCAGCAAAUUGGUAUAUAUCAGUUGAAAGUGGACAAAGUCCAGAUCACUGGAGUUAACUGCUCCUUUGCUGUAUGCCUUGAUCAAGAUGAACGGAAAAUUCUGCAAAGUGUUACCAGAUGUGAAAUCUCUGCAUGCUACAAACCCAAGACCAAUGAGCCCUGCAUCAGAAGAAAUUCCACUUCAUUACUUCCUCCCCAAGAUUCCUCUGAUUUCUGCUCUCUUCUGUGCUUGCCAAUUACUACUUUUAGUGGAGCACUUCCUUAAGAAUACCAGAAAGAAUGGACUGGCUCAACCUGCCUCAAAUGCUGACUGAAAUUGCUGCCAAAUUGGGAUCAGCUACCAAAAAUUGGCCAAAAGAAAGAAAGAAAAUUCACGGUUCCUGAGUUGCCUCCUUGCAGUCUUAGAAGGACAACAUCCCAAGCUUAGCAAAUGAAUAUAAAGUGAAAAGCCAUAUCUUAAGAGGUGGAAUAUUACUUCUUUGACUGUUGUUGAGUGUUGCUGAAAUACUGUAUUUGUGGCGCCUGGAAUAAAAGUCAAAAAAGCACAUCUGAAAUGUAGAGAAAGGAUAAGAAGACUGGCCAAUCUAUGUGAAAUUUCAUCCCACGAGAUGAAGAAAUUGCAGUCUUUCCUUUUUCACAGUGUAUCCGAGGAUAUAUAUGAUGAGAACAGGUACUUGGCCUACGAGCCAGUUUAAACCAGCCAAGACAAUGGUUGAAGAAGUUCAGAGACAAGUUGAUAGACUUGGUCGCCAUUCAUGAAUUGCUUUGGCAAUAGCAUCUUUGCAUUAUUUGAGCUGCCUCCUGGAGAUAUGGGCAAGGAGAACAAGGGAGCAGAAAAGAAAAGGCUGUUUUAUUUGGUUAUAUAUUUCUUUCUGUGCCAUUGAUAUAUCUGCAAGCAUUGAAUGAAACGAAAGAGCAAACUUGACAAACGAAAACAUUGAGCAAAAUAAGCUUGUAGGCUAGCAUGAUUUUAUGACAAAUGCAAUGCUUUCCCAUUUCAAAGGGUCUGGAAAAUAUAUUAUUGUUUAUUUAUUGGCGAGUAUCCCAAUUCUUUGGAAACAUUGCUAGAAAAUAUAUGUUAAAUAUCUCCUAUGAUGUGAUCUGUGGAGCUGGGCAGUUUUGGCGAUUGGGGGCUUUUUUCUAACUGAGGGACACAAGAUGACUCCUUGCACUGGCAUGAAUUGUGCCAAGCAGCCCCAGCACUUUACCGAAUGAAAAAUAUAAACCUCAUAAAGAUUCAACAUUCUUAGAUUUGCAGGGGAAAGAUGUAACUUGAACUAGGACUGUUUUAAAUCCAAUGUUUCUGAAACGUUUUUACCUGUUUUUAGAAUUCUUGAUCAAAUCCAAUAGCCUCUAAUAUCUUUGACCAACUCCGAACUUAGCAACUCCAUGGAGUUUCGUCUAAUAUCCAACUCUGUCACAAGGUUAUUUACAAGGUUAAUUAUUUAAAUGGUCAUAACCAUCACUCAUGUGCAAUCUAUGGUGCUGUAUUCUUGGACAGGGGAAUGUGUCUGCAUAUCGGAAUAUUCAGGGUACACUUCUAGAGCAACAGUUGUCAGUUGGUGCAUGCAGGUUUUUAGAAAUAAUACCCAAAGAUAACCUAACAGAAAACCACCACAACAAUAUUUUUCCAUCCAAUCAAAAA